GAAAGAUAAUCGCGUGCAAGGAGAAUAGAAGCUAACAGAGAUAAAGCCAAGAGAAGAAAGAAGAGAAAUAAGGAAGGAGUCGUGUCAACGUAUAAAGGCACAGGCCUGCGUGUCUCAUCUAGUAGGGAUAAAGAGAGAGAGAGAGAGAGAGAGAGAGAGAGAGAGAGAGAGGGAGAGAAAGAAAAACAUCGACAAGAAAGAGUGGGAAAGAGAGUGGCAUCGUUUUUCAGCUUGUAUAUACUCUCUUUCUCCCGCGGUUAGUGUCGCGAAUGUACUCGACCGAGAACGCUUCUUCCUUUCCGUACUAAAGUAUCGAGUCAAAGUUUUUAAUCGUUUUAGAAAAAUUCAACGUCGUUAUCCUUUUUCAACGUAAAACUGACGCAGCUCGGAUGCGCCUUCGAAGAAAAUACAAAGGAAAAUACAAAGUCACGUGAUCGUGAAAACUGUCAAUAAUAAACAAUGGCGACGUUCUACGCGGGAGAUACAACUUUUUAAGGUAACGAGACAGGCGCUCGUCACCAAAUAGCAAGAGCACACGUGGGUGACUCGAUCGAUUCGUCCAGGAUGGGCUGCUGCGGGUGUUCGGACGAGGUCUCCUCCAAGGUGGAGCCCGGAACUCCGGAAAACGAAGAGAUGGCAGCGAGGAGAUCCGAGAGAAUAUUCGUGAUCGAUCGAUCCUGUACCGAUUUAAUAACUCUAAUUAUACUAAUUGCAUUGCUCGGAGGUUUCGCAUUUAUAAUAACAAAUGCGGUAAAAAAUGGAGACAUAUAUCGUAUAAUAUAUGGAUACGAUAACUGCGGUAACGUUUGCGGUCGUAUCACGCCAAGGGAAACCGAUCCAGCGUUGAGUUGCAAGGGUGGCGACUACAAAAAUCUUCCGUACCUACAAAUGCAGAUCGAAUUAAACGGUACAAAAACUCGGCGAUGUGUCGCCAAAUGCGACGACCUGGAGUAUCAAAUAUUCUUUCUAAAUCGUUGUAUACCAAAAAAACUAACAGACACCGCCAUAUCUCUGAUUAAACGUCUCGGAUUAGAAAAUUUCUAUAAAGAAGUAUCGACUGAUCUCAGAGUAGCUUGGAGAGAGCUGAUGUAUCUCUGUUUAAUUGCGCUUGCAUUUUCUCUCGGUAUUCUGAUAGCCUUCCGUUAUAUGGUACAAUGGAUCGUUUACAUAGUUUUAAUUGGUGUAAUCGUUGCCUGUAUCGGCGGUACAACUUAUCUCUGGAUGGCCUGGUAUCAAGAGAAAAAAGAAUUGGACUCGAAAAAUACGUCGGAGAAAGAAAACUUUGAAGAAGACUCGAGUCUGCAAGCAUAUUUCGUUUACGCCAUCGUCAUGUCAGUUGUCACGGUGAUCACUCUAUUGAUCGUUUUAGUAAUGAGAAAAAGGAUCGCUUUGGUGAUGCAGCUCUUUCGUGAAGCAGGAAAGGCAGUUUAUUCGAUGCCCGCUCUACUUCUUCAACCAAUCUAUACGUACCUGCUCAUUGGUCUGAGCAUGUUCGCUUUUAUUUAUUGCAUGCUCUGGAUCGAAAGCGCCGGUACCAUUUAUAAAAAUAAAACGGGGAUUCACUUUAGGAAGGAUGCUCUUUUGAUAGCUGCCAGAUGGUACAAUCUCUUUGUUUUCUUCGUCAUGUGUGAGUUUUUCCUUGGUUGUCAGCACAUGGUCGUGGCGCUCGCUGUAGCCCGUUGGUUUUUUACAAGAGAUAAGAAGAGACUAUCGUUGACUGUGACUAAAGGAUUUGGAUAUCUCAUAAGAUAUCAUUUGGGUACAAUAGCUUUUGGUGCUCUGAUAAUCGGAAUCGUUCGUUUGGUCAGAGCUAUGAUCUCCUUCGUACAGAAUCGUUUGAAGAAGUUCGACAACGACCUAGUGAGAGGAAUUCUUUGGUGUUGUCAAUGUUGCCUUUGGUGCUUCGAGUGUGCUCUCAAGUUUCUUACUAGAAAUGCUUAUAUCGAGACAGCUAUAUACGGAUGUAACUUUUGUUCCGGCGGGAAAAAGGCUUUCCAAGCACUCUCGAGUAAUAUUUUGAGGGUCGCAGCUAUUAACAGCGUUGGAGAUUUCGUUUUGUUCUUGGGAAAAGUAUUGGUAGUUGUGUUGACUGUUAUCACUGGAAUUUAUUUGAUACAGAAGAAGGAAGGAUUGCAACAUCCCUGGGUGCCAAUUGCCCUGGCUGGGGUAUUGGCUUUUCUCGUUUCGCAUUGCUUCAUUUCGAUUUACGAAAUGAUCAUAGACUCCAUAUUCCUUUGUUUUUGCGAGGAUUGUGCGAAAAAUGACGGCAUUAGUAGGCCGUACUUCAUGAGCCGUGGACUGAUGGAGUUUGUGGAAAAUAGCAAGAAGGCGUUACGUCAGUUGGACGAAACUCAAUGAAACAACGUUCAUCGUGAUUUCUCGCUUUUCAAUUGCUUUUUCUUCUUUGAGACAACCAAAAU